AUGGCCGUCUUAAAUGUUAUAUUCGUUCUUCGCUUUAUUGAUUACCUUCUUUUAAUUGCACUUGCCUUUUUAACCCAUGUUUUCCUAUUCUAUUACAAAUACUUUACACGUUCUAAUAAAUUACCUGGUCCUUUACCACUUCCUUUUAUAGGAUGUGCUUAUAUGUUUAUGAGUGAUACUAGAAAACAAUUUACAUCACUCCAACAAAAAUAUGGCGACAUUU